ACGACGACCAGUGACGGCACAGGCGCUAGGACCAUGCAGUCUCCAGACAGGCAAAGGAAGUCUCAAUCACAGCUAGCUAGCUAGCAGGCUAACAUUGGUAUCUGUAGUUUUCUGAGCGAACGGUAUGGAUUCAUAUAAAUAAUCGUUUGAUUGAGACCCAGCCAUGUCUCAGCUGGAGAAGAAGGCGGGGCUUCUGAGAAGGACGUCCUCCUCUAAGAAACCCCUGAAGGAGAAAGUAGUGCUGAUGUAUGAUGAGAUCUUUGCGAAAGAGGAUCCAGCCAAGAACAACUCCCGUUUCUGGGAUGAACUCUUCCUCAUGAAGGUGAAUCUGGAGUACCUGGAGGCCAAGCUGGAGUCUCUGGAUGGAGAUGAGGUGAUGAAGAUUAAAGACAACAUCAACAGUCUGUUCCACCACUGUGUUCAGGCCCUGGCAGAGGAGCACCAGAUCAAAGUGGUCAACGCCCUGCAGACUCUGUGUGCGUUGUUCCGUGGGGUUCACCAGAAGAACAAGUCAGCCUCGGGCUUCGACAUCAUCAACAUGCUCGUGGGCUUCGACAAGGCCGAGCUCCGCAUGAAGGACCUGAUGGAGAGUUUAGACAGCCUGCUGUGUGGGGAGGGUUCAGAAAGUCUCAAGGCCCUGUGUCUCAAACUACUGCUGUGUUUAGUGACGGUAACAGACAACAUCAGUCAGAACACCAUCCUAGAGUAUGUUAUGAUCAACAGCAUCUUUGAGGCCAUUCUGCAGAUCCUAUCAGAUGUGUCCACUAGAGGACAACAUGGUUAUGAUGCUGUUGUCCUCCUGGCUCUGCUCGUCAACUACAGGAAGUACGAGUCUGUGAAUCCCUACAUUGUGAAGCUGUCCAUAGUGGAUGAUGAACCAACCCUAGACGGAAUGGGUCUGGUGGUUGGCCAAGCCCUGACACAAUAUAACAGACAGUACAAAGACAAAGAAGAGGAGAACCAUGGAGGGUUCUUCUCUACACUCACCAGUAUGGUGGGCAGUAUGUUCAUUGCAGAUGCAGAUGAGAAGCUCUCAGUACAGACCAAUGAGGCGAUUCUGCUGGCGCUGUACGAGGCCGUGCACCUCAACCGCAACUUCAUCACUGUUCUCGCUCAGAGUCACCCAGAGAUUGACAUCCCGACCACACCCAUCACCCCUGUUCCGACCACUCCCACGACGCCGCUUGGCACAACCCCGCUCUCUAUGGACAUGAUGAACUCUUCAGAACUUCCCCUGGAUCCUAACCUUCAGACCAGUAACCUGCUCAUCACCUUCCUCAAGUACUCCUCCAUCGUCAUGCAGGACACCAAAGAUGAACACAGACUCAACAGUGCCAGACUCUGUCUCAUCAUCCUCACCUGUAUAACGGAGGACCAGUAUGCUGAUGCCUUUCUCCAUGACGACAACAUGAACUUCAGAGUUAAUCUACAUAGAAUGCCCAUGAGACACAGGAAGAAGGCAGCAGAGAAGAACGUCCCGUCCAGACCACUGGUGUGUGCUGUUCUAGAUCUGAUGGUUGAGUUCAUCGUAACUCAUAUGAUGAAGGACUUUCCUAUGGAUCUCUACAUGCGUUGUGUACAGGUGAUCCACAAGCUGAUCUGCUACCAGAAGAAAUGCAGAAUCAGGUUACACUAUACCUGGAGAGAACUGUGGUCAGCUCUGAUCAACCUGUUGAAAUUCCUGCUGUCCAAUGAGACCGUUCUGUUGGCCAAGCACAACAUCUUUCACCUGGCUCUACUGGUGGUGAAUCUGUUCAACAUGUUUAUAACAUAUGGAGAUACGUUCCUGCCCACCUCCAACAGUUAUGAUGAACUUUACUAUGAGAUCGUCAGGAUGCACCAGAUCUUUGACAACCUCUACUGCAUGGUACUGAGAGUGUCCACCAACGCAGGCCAGUGGAAGGAGCCUGCCAGUAAAGUCACACACUCACUGGUCAACGUCAGGGCCAUUAUCAACCAUUUCAACCCCAAGAUUGAGUCCUACGCUGCAGUGAACCACAUCUCCCAGCUGUCUGAGGACCAGGUAUUGGAGGUGGUUCGGUCCAACUAUGACACGUUGACCCUGAAGCUGCAGGAUGGUCUGGACCAGUUUGAGAGAUACUCUGAACAACCCAAGGAGGCUGCCUUCUUUAAAGAACUGGUUCGCUCCAUCAGUCUGAAUGUGAGGAAGAAUGUGUCUCUGAACACACUGAGUCAGGACCUCCUGCUCAAAGAGUUCUCCACCAUCUCCUGAGAGACACAUGUAUAGUCCUAACCCCCCCCCUGACCCUAUCUGACUACACACACACUCCUCUAUC